AUGACCAAUACAGCCGUCCUUAAAUUACUUUUGGCCAUAGUGAUCACGUUCAUUUUAAUUUUGCCAGAAUAUUUCAAGACGCCGAACGGAAACACAUUGGAGCUAUCGUGCCUGGAAGUAUGUUUACAACCUAAUUUCACCUAUUCAUUCUCCUCUUUAAAUUUUUCUUUCGUGACUUUUCUGCAACCAAUAAGAGAAACUCAGACUAUUAUGGGAAUCUUUGUAAAUCACUCCAGUUUUCAAAACUUCACCAGGAUUUGCCAAGACAUCACAAGUGAAUUUAAAACGUGCUCCUCAUGUUUAGCUUGCGAGUCCAAAGGAAACAUGGAUUUUAUUUCUAAGGAACAAACAUCAAAAGUUCUUAUCAUGAGAGGAUCAACGGAAGUGAAGGCAAAUGAUUUUCAUUCACCUUGUCAACAUUUUAACUUCACUGUAACUCCUAUGGUUGACCACUUGGAGGAAUAUAACAUUACCUGUAAUCUAAAAACCCACACUAGAAGGUCAGCAAUCAAAGAGGACGAUCCAACCAAGGAAACAGAUAUAAACCAUACUUGUAGAAUUAUGGAACACCCGAAUAAUUGUAUAAAUAUUUCUUUGCACCUAGAAAUGGAUGUAAAAAAUUUUAUUUGUUCCAUGAAGAUCACUUGGUAUGUUCUGGUUCUAUUAGUUUUUAUAUUUUUGCUCCUCUUCAUUAUCUACAAAAUACUUGAAGCCCACAGGAGAGUGCAGAAGUGGCAGGGUCAUAAAUACAAACCUACAUCUGUCCUCUUAAGAGGAAGUGAUUCUGAGAAACUGCGAACGUUGAACAUGCAGGUUAUUUCAGAGACCACGCAGAGGCUGCCUAUGGCUCAGGUCAAGGACGCGCUUCCUCCAAUACCAGAACUAGAAGUUACUUCCAUGGCGCAUCAGCAAGAUCAAUAUACACGAAUCAUGGACUCCUGUAACCAAAAGAAACUUGCGUGA